AUGGAAGAUGAUAUUAUGAUGGAUGAGGAUGAUGAGGAUGACGUCUUGUCAGAGGAAAAAACUGAUCAGGAUAAGCGUACGAUGUCGAGUAGUUCAUCCAAACGUGAUGAAGAAGAAGUGAGACAUCUUUCUUCUCGUGAUGAAAAGAGACUUCAUACGCACAGGAGGGGUCAUUAUGUGGAUCGAUCAGGCUGUCUGGAAUGUCAGGAUUGUCCAAAACGUAUCCAGCGAAUCCAAAGAACCAGUCAAUGUGACUAA